CGGCAUGUGUGACCAGUGUAUCAGUCUCAGAAUGUUUGGGAAGGUCCGUCACAUGGGCUUCGAUUUGUGCAUGACUGUGCAUGACACGGAAUUUAGGGGGUCUGUUUGUUGUUUACUCCGCUCGUUUACACCCGUCCGUUGUAGAGCAUACAGUUUGAUUUGGCUCCCUGAACCGUUCGAUCAAGUUCUUGCUGGAUAUCCUAAUCAGAGCCUGUCGACGAUUGAGCUGAGCAAGGAUCAGUUCUGCACUGCCCCAGAUGUACUUGGCCUCCAUUCUUCGAUCCCAUGGGGACAAUGCUUGGGCGCCUAGAUUCUCGAUACAGGAAUGCCGCAUUCUCUAGACCACAAGCGGACUCAAGUCUUUGCAGGAUUUUGAUUGCUCUGGUUGCUGCAUAGUACUUUUAGUUUCACAAUGGGGCGUGCUGAGGACAGAGGAAAAGAAAAGCUGAGUUCCAACGGAGAAGCGGCACGGGAAGCCAACGAAAGUGCGAAUGAUCCGCAGGCUGAUGCGGCGGGUGCAAACAUCGCCUGGGUCCAACCGGUCGACAACUGCGCGCACUUGCAGGCCACCGACCUCGUGACUCAUGAGCAGCUGCCACGGGUCACAAGCGCCUGCGAAACGUGUGACGACGAGUCAGAGAACUGGGCGUGCUUGUCGUGCGGACACGUGUACUGCGGCCGCUACGUGCAGGGGCAUAUGCUGCAACACCAUGGCGACACGCAGCACCCUGUGGCGGCCAGCUUCACCGAUUUGUCGUUCUGGUGCUUCCCCUGCGAGCAGUACCUCAACGGCCUGACCAAUCCGCGGCUGACGCCCAUUCUCGACGCAUUCCACCAACAAAAGUUCGGCGAGCACCUUCCGGAUGGCCGGCUCGAAUUGCAACUGGAGAGUUAGUACAUGUGUAGAAUAGAAGCUGAGUACGCAAGGGAUGGCGCCUUUCUCUGUGCUGAGCACGGUCGCUAUGAGUAGAUUGUUAUAGGUUUACACUUUUAAUAGGAAGUGAAGAAUGUGACUGAGAUCAUGAUAGGCGGAAUCAAUGUCCUGCAGGAUGGUGGUUCAUUGUGUCCAGAGACGCCCCGGAUCAAGAAGGCCCGUGUCGUCGAAAACGUAGAGGAAGUGCGAAUCGAUGAGUGGCAAGGAAUAUAUGAGUCAAACGAGCAACACUUAUAUAGUCAUAGCCCAAAAUUUUCUUAGCUCUUUCAAAAUCCGGUCAUAUGCUACCAAAUCAUGGCAAUAUUUGCAGGUUCUGACGGUCGGACUGAGGGUGUUCAGAAGGAUUCUGUAAGUCAAGUUUUGAACUCUAAACUAGCUCAGCAUGCAUCAUUACUACGUUAUCCUGG